CCCACCACCAAACUUUUCAUUCAACGCGUAUAUACAUACAAACACAUAUACUAGUUAUAUUCUAUGGCCAGCAACUACAAAGAAGACACUACUUUUGACCAACACCACUCUUUGGUAUCAGCCAAUCGGUUACAGCCGCCAACAAAUGAAAAUACCGAAGAAAGACUUGGUCAAAUCGAUGAAUUAAAAUAUUUCCUGGGUACAGCAACCAAUGACUGGGAACCUCAAUGUAAAGUAAGAUCAUUUCCUUUACCUACAGGUGAAAGUAUCUCUUGUGUCUUUUGGAACGAUCUCUUUCAUGUUACAGGCACAGAUAUAGUCAGAACACUUCUUUACCGGUUCCACCUCUUUGGCCGACCUGUCACCAACCUUAAGAAGUUCGAAGAAGGUAUAUUUUCUGAUCUACGUAACUUGAAGCCUGGUAUGGAUGCUUCCUUGGAAGAACCAAAAUCAGAGUUUUUAGAAAUGCUUUACAAGAAUAACUGCAUUCGAACACAAAAGAAACAAAAAGUAUUCUACUGGUUCUCAGUGCCUCAUGAUCGACUCUUUUUGGAUGCACUCGAAAGAGAUUUGAAGCGAGAAAAGAUCGGAUUGGAACCAACAAGCGUAGCCAUUGCUGAACCAGCUCUUAGUUUAACAUUGGAUUCUGCUCAAGACAUGUUUGAUCAAUUAAGAAAAUCAAUGUCAUUAUCUGCAGUAGCAGCGGCUCAAGCUCUGGAUGAAUCUGUCGUUGCAAGUGCUAAUACCUCACCACAGCUUCAUCAUAGUAGCUUAUUAAAUGCAGCAGACAUGACUUGUACUUCUUCAUCACAUGACUUUGAAAAUGACUGGCCUGACAACUGGAAUGAAAAAAGCUCUACCGAUCAAGUGACAACGCCGACACCUAGUCGUCCACACUCUCCUAUCUUAGCCUCUUUUCCAUUCGAUUCGUUUGAUCAGGAUCAAAGACAAAGAAUAUUUGGUGCUUUCUCUCUUUUUGAAGGAUCUCCAACGUAUAAGCAAAGACAACGAAAGAGAACAUCUUCCUUACAUCAGCAUCAUAAUCAAUUGGAACUAGCCGCUAUUAAUGCAGGUCUUGCCGUAGACCCUCACAUGUUUAGUGAUGAUAGUAAUCAUGAAAGGACUUUUAUUUGUCCUUUAUCCCGCUGUGGAAGAGUAUUCAAGCGAUUGGAGCAUCUCAAGAGACACUUUAGAACUCAUACGAUGGAGCGUCCCUACAGCUGUAACAUGUGUGGUAAAUCCUUUUCAAGAACAGAUAACUUGGCUCAGCACAAAAAGACCCAUACCCGUUCAAGGUCCUCUUCGCUUGCCUCUAGGACAAAGGAACCAAAAGAAAAACCGUCGUCAGAUGAAAAGCCUCGAAGUGAAAACAAUACUCGUCUUAGAAGAAGCCACCUCAAGCGAAAUGCUUCAUCUUGCUCCAAAAUUGAUACUUAUUUUUACAACGCUAUCGUCAAUAGCGCCUGUACCUCGCCUACUAUAAGUCCUCAAGUCUUGAUGCCUCCUAAAUCAGAUGAUUCUGUCUUUGAUAUGUCGGGACUCGGCGUUGUUGAUAUGCCCUCUACUACCAAUGCAAGUACCGAUGAUUUACUCUUAUCCUCUGGUUAUUAUCCACCUCCUUCCUUUAUGUGGAAUCCAAAUGGCAGUGAAAGUAGUUUUGACAGUCCUUAUCCACUCACCGCUUCUUCUUCCUCUUCGGCCCUGAACGAAAGCAUUCCUUACAACUCAUUUUGUGAUGAUCCUUAUUACAGUGAUAAAGAUCAUCAGAGGCUUUCCUGGUAUUCAAGUGCAGCCUCUUCUCCUACCCUAUGUCCUUCUUAUAUAUAUGAACAACAAGAGCUCUAUUCAUGGCAAACCUAAGCUAUACUACAAACUACCCAAUCAUAUGGCUCAUUCCUUUUAUUUCUCUCUCUACACUCUUGUAUGUAUGUAUAUGACCUUGUGUGUAGUUUUAUGCUUCUUUAUAUUAUUAUUAGGUAUAUAACUUUACUCUCUUUACAUAUAUUUAUAUAUAUACAUAUAUUCUAUACAUAUUCCCCUCCUCUUCUUGUCUUAUAUAUAUCCCCCCUCCCUCUUCUCUCUCUUAUCUUAUAUAUUAUAUAUAUACAUAAUCCCCUUCUUUUAUACUUAUUGUAUGUUUUAUGUUUAUU